AUGCUGCAUAUUGAGGUCUUUAACGAUGAUCAUGUUUUCAAGUGCCUUGACCUUGCUAAGGUUAAGCUGUUGUCUGACACCCGGUCUAAAGUCUACCUGGCGAUAGAAAGAGAAAAGCCGCACGAAAAAAAAGUUGUCAAAGUCUUCAGGAACACGGAAAGUUCUUUCAACAGUUUCAUCAAUGAGAUCGAGAUGGUGAAAAAGCUGAAGCACCCCAACAUCAUGAUGUACGACAGGGCUGUAGCGAUGCCUAAAUACAACAUCCUAGUCAUGCCUUACUGUGAGAGGGGAGGCCUUUACAAGAGGGUAGGCCGGAUCAGCCAGCGUGAGACAGACAGGUAUUUCCUGCAAAUGUGUGGCGCCAUCAAGUACCUCCACGGCCUGAACAUCGUCCACAGGGACAUCAAGCUGGACAACUUCCUGCUGGACGCCCAGCACCAGCUCCACCUGACGGACUUUGAAAUGGCGUGUAGGGUCAAGCCAGGCUGCCCCACCGUCCACCUACAGAUGGGGACCCUGCAGUACAUGGCGCCGGAGAUGCUGGCAGAGCCUGAAGGAUCCUACAAUGGAUUUAAGCUGGAUAUUUAUGCUCUGGGCGUGGCCCUGUGGUGCAUAUUGUUUGAAAAAGACAGCCAGGACAUUGAGGACUACCUGGGUAUAGCUAGGUCAUACACUGGGCGCUACCCGUGCAUCUUCUACAAGUGGAUCUUGGAGAACGUCCUUCACCCUGACCCAGAACUACGAUGGGACAUCAGUCAACUGAUUCAAGGUCUUUGUCGUUCAUGGCUGGAGGAUAGAGCUAAAGCCUUGUAA